CACUUGGAAGACACCCCGUGCAUUGUACGUCGAAGGCGGGAUGCAAUUCCGACUCUUGCACUUGCAGUGCCAAAUCUGUGCUUGCCUCCGUAUAAAAGAUUGAGCCAGUGCAAAUUAUUCAGAACAGCUAGGGAAGCCCCUGAAAAGCACAGCUACCAGCGUAUCGAAGACAAGGGUUUCGCCCUUGCGGGACACACCGCAGCGCUGUUGCCCACGCAGCUGACCUGGACCAGCGCUCAAGUUCUAGCCGCUGCCUGCUCCCGAGCGUUACUGAAACGCGGGGAUCGUGCGACUUCCGCGACCGCUCGCACGACUUCGCGUUUGGCCGCGGACAACCUAUCCAGCUCGCGUUAUCAUCAGUUUGAAGUAAAUCUACGGCGAGGCUGCUAUGCCGAUGACAGCCGGCGUCACCCACAGCGCCGGAGUGCUGAGUCGGCCGAAGGCACAGGUCUCGGCGCAAUGCAGGGCGCGCGCGCCGCGCUCUGCAGGCUGCGGGCCGCGGUUAUGCCCUCGCAAGCAUCGCCUUGCGCGGUUGGUAAGCGCAGCUUCUGGCGAGCCAGGCCCUAGCUCGGGCUCUGAGGCCAUGCAUGUCGCGGUCGAGACUGCGAGCAGCCCCCCGACCCCUUCAACGGCGCUGGUGACCCACCUCGCUGCGCUCCUGAUGGGCCUGCGCGACCACGCCGCCUCCAUCACUCAGCACCUGCACACCGCCACCUCCUCCUCGGCGCCAGCCACAGCAGCAGCACACGCCAUGGGCGGGGCGGAGGGCGGGGCCGGCUCCGGCUUUUCCUUUGGCUUCCAUCUGCCCGCCCCGCAGGGCUGGGGCGGCGGCCUGCGCCUGCCCGGCACCGGCGCCGGCGGCUCGCCACAAGGGCCCUCCAUGCGGCAACUGCCGCUGGGCAAGCCGCCCGCGGUGCCGCCGUCGCUGUCGCCGCGCUCAACGGGGCCGCCCCACACGCAGCACCAGCGCCGCGAGCUGCCUGAGGAGGAGCAGUGGGAUGAUGAGCACCUGUGGGCGCCCUCGCCGGCAGCGCUGUUCCUGCCCUGGGCCUACGGGGACCACCCGCACAACGGCGAGCCCGCCGCGCCGCCCGCGACCUCCACCAGCAACAGCCACAGCACCUCCCCCGCCCUUUCCCGCGCCUCGCCGGCCGCCUUCCCCUCCGCCUCCGCCCCCCUCGUCCUGCCCUUCAGCCUGCUGCUGCCCCCGCGCCUGGCCUCGGUCCACGCCGCGCUCGGCGCGCACGUGGCCGGCCUCGCCAUCGCCAUGAACUCGGCGGCCUCGCUGCAGCAGCGCCUCGCACACGGCGCCGCCGCGCGCCUGGGUGCAGCGGCGGCCGCGGCCGAACGCGCGCGCCGGCGGCUGCCGCCGCCCGCCGACCUGCCGUCGCUGGUGCACCACAGCGCCACGGCCGCCGCCGCCGCGGCGGAGGAGGGCCUCGCGCUGGCGCUGUCGCACGCCGCGGCGUCGGCGUCCGCCGCCGCCGCCGGCCUGCCGGCGGCUGCUGCCGCCGUGACCGGCAGCGCCGCCGCCGCGGCGGCGGCGGGCGCGGUGACUGCGCCGCACCUGCACAUGCUGCGCUCGUCCCGGCGGCGGCUGCGGGCGUCUGUGGUGCCGCUGCUGGACACGCUGCGUGGGCUGCGGCGCGGCUGCACCACGCACGUGCUGCUGCGCUUCAUCCUGCACUCGGCGCUGCAGCCGGGGCUGAGGCGGCAGCUGCUCAUGCGCCUGGACGUGGCGGCGCAGCGGGCGGCGCAGCUGGCGCUUCUGCAGGAGCAGCACGAGGCCUGGGCCGCGCAGCAGCCGGCGCUGCUGCACCUGGGCACCAGCCGCCACCACCACCUGGGUCGUCACGGUCACCAGCAGGGCCACCAGCACAAGCAGCACAAGCAGCCCAAUCACCCGCACCUGCCCACCAGCGCCGGGCCCGGCGGCCGCCCCACCACGGCGCCCGGCGGCGCGGUUGCUGGCCGCAUGGCCGCUGGCAGUGGCGGCGGCGUUAGUGGCGGCGCCGCCGGCGCGCUGCCCGCGCCCGCGCCGCUUUCUGCCAGGUGGUACCGCUCCGUGUUUGCGGCGGAGAUGCGCGCCUGUGUGCGCCAGCUGGAGCUGGGCGGCUGCGGCGACGGCGUCAGUGCCAGCGCCACCAGCCCUCCCUCCGCCCUCCCCGCCACCCCGUCCGCUGCGCCCAGCGCCAAGCGCACCGCCUCCUCCGGGGGCCUGACAGCUGCGGGCGCAGCUGCCGCGGGGGCGGCGGGCGCUGAGGUGUUUGCGGGCUACCGGGACGACGCCACCGCGGCUGUGGGCGAGCCGCCUGGCGCCUUUGACCUGCGUGACCUGUACCGCCUCAUCCGCGUGCUGGAGGUGGCGGCGGAGGACCUGGAGGCGUACGAGUGAAGGGGGCGGGCGGGGGCUGAGGCGCAGGCGCGGGGUGGGGUGGAGGUGGAGACCGCACCCGUGGUGGUGGAGGUGGGCGUGGGGCCUGGAAGGAGGGAGGGAGGGAGGGAGGGAGGCGCAAGGCGAGGCCAUGAGGGCGCAAGGCGAGGCCGGGGGUGGCGGGGUAGGGGCGCUGCAGAGGGCCGCCGCGGCCGCUGCUGAGGGCGGCGGCGGAGCAGCAGGCCUGGCGUGUGUGGGUUGCUGCCUGGAUGGUCGGAGCAUCCGGAAGGUGGGGAGGGCAAACAACAGCUUAUCGUUGGUUUUUUUUGCACUGUAGUCUUUUGUACGUUAGUGCGAUGUACGGUAGCGGUGAGUGGAUAGUGGCUGAGGGAGGGAAGGUACGAGCACUUGGUCUGACCUGGUGCUGCCCUUUCCUGUGGUGGUCCACGUCCACGCAUCAUGGCAGUGUGGUGAAGAGUGUUAAGCACCAGUUUCAGAACGGUGCGUGUCGUGGAUGUGAUGCUUCGAGCUCGUAUGGGCCUCAAGCACACAGCUGUCUCAGCGGGCGUGGUUGUAUGAUAGGAGUCGUCUUCACCAAACGGGUGUACCAAUAUCGGCCGUUGGGUUGUUUGUUUGGGUCUUUAGUUCGUCAGCCAAGGCCGGCGCUGCCGCGGCUAGUAAGCUGGCUCGGCAGCUCAACUAUAGGUCUUUGUUGUAGCAUGCUGCCAGCCUGUGCGCAUUUGAUGAUUCCGGCUAAAUGGUCUGUGGUGGCCGGUGACGCUUAGCUUGGAUGUGACUGCGCCGUUGUUUGUGGCGGCUGCCUUUGUAGCACCUGAGGUGAUGGAAAUUUGUUUGUUGCAUGGUGUCAAUUGGCCUUUGCGAACGUGAGAAAAUAAUGCUCAGUACAACAAUUAUUCGGUUUGGCAAGACAUGUCGAAUGGGUGGAUGCAGCGCGCGGGAAUGGUGGUGCGCGCUUGGUUUGAGAGGGCCCCCGGGCGUCAUACACACACAUACACAUCACCAGCAUACUUAUUCUUUUACAGCAGUGGCCCGGGGCCGCAACGUGUUGUGGGCCGGUGCGCAAGUUGACAACAACAAAAACACUGCACACAUGACGCCGCGGGCGGGUUGUACGCAAGCUGUCGAUACAGUACGUUUGAUUUGUGGAGGAGGCAGGCUGAGCAGUUGGGCCGCUACAAAAAGAAGUGUGCCGGCGGUGCAUUGUCCGGGCGAGGCGCACGCAAAGCAUGGACGAAGGGUGCCUGGAGGAUGCGUGCUCUGCAGCAGUGCUGGCCGCUGUCACUGGCGGUGGUGGGGCGGUGUGGCAGCGAGGAUCAGGAGAGGAGCAUGGGCGCAGAUGCGUGUGGCGCAUCCGGUGGUCUGGUGUGAGACGGCAAGGGAGGAGGGCUGACCUUGCAUGGGUUGGGUGUGUGAGAAGAAAGCCCUGUAGACGAUUCCAAAGCAGGAGAUGUACGUGUGCGGCAUGGCAACAAAGCGCGCGGGUCAGCGGCUGGCAUGAGCGAGAGCUGAGGCUGGAUGGGCUGGAAGAGGUAGAGGGCUCUGGAUAGCGAUGGACGACAAGAGUGUGCGGCUGGUGCGUGGUGCGUGUGCGGGUUGCAAGGCAGCUCGCGCAGCGGAGGCACACAUGCGCGGUGAGAGCGCAAACGAUAAGCAGUCCCCACUGGAAGAACAAAAGAGUGGCACGACAAUCCUCGAGUGCUGAACUGCCUAGUUUGCGGAAGCACUGUUUGGGGGCGGAGCAGCGAUGUACCAAAACUCAUUGUAACAUCAUCCUAUC